GUUUGUAUACAACACGUGCGCUGCGCGAAGGAAAAAAUAUUUCCACAUUCUCAUAUAUUUCAUCCUAAAGAAUACACAAAAAUUCUCUUUUUUUUUUCAAAAAAAAAAAAAACAAAACUUCUCUACACACAAAAAAAAAAUGGUAUUCUUCACCUGUAACCAUUGCGGUGAAUCCGUCAAAAAACCCUCUGUCGAAAAACACUACAACUUCAAGUGUCGUGGAGCACCAAAAAACGUCUCCUGUAUGGAUUGUCAAAAGGAUUUUCACGGCGAAGAUUAUGUGGCACAUAUCAAAUGCAUCAGCGAAGCUGAAAAAUAUUCCGGCAAAGAUUAUGUCCCAAAAGAAUCUAAAAAUUCUGGACAAAAGAAACAAGACAACUGGAUGGAAAUUAUCCGCUCAAUUCUCGACACAAAAGAAUACAAUUUGAGUGGACAAACGCGGUCGACAUUCCAGAAACUCCAAAGUGUCGAUAAUGUUCCACGUAAGAAGGUAAAAUUUAUUAAUUUCGCAGCAAAUUGUAUGCGAUUGCGCAUGGAUCAUAUCGAAGAAGUUUGGGCAAUUCUUGAUAAAGAAUUGGAAAAGAUGAAAGCCGAAAAAGCGGCUCAAGUUGCAGCAGCAAAGAAAGAACUUCCGAAACCUGUGAUUUCACCAGUUGUUAUUGAGAGAGCUCCACCAAAACCGGAGCCAAAAGAAAAGUCAAUUGGCGAUGAAGUGGAAACCAUGAAGGUGAAAAAGUCGAAAUCAAAGAAACGUAAAAUUGACAAAGAGAUUCAAAACACUAUUGAACAAGAUGAAGAAGCGGAAAUCUUGCAAAUGGUAAAGAAAGAAGUUGAGAAGGAUCAAGUUGGUGCCACAGUUGAACCCAGUAAGAAAAAGAGCAAAAAGAGUUCAUCAUCAAGCGAUUCAGUUGCUAAACAAGCAGAAGCAAAUGCUGAACAAGAACCCACCAUCAGCACAACUACACCCGAUGAAUUCCAAUGGUCUUUGGUGAUUCUAUUUACCAUAAAGAAGUAUGGUAAUAGCAUGAAGUUGGACAAAUUGAAGAGGAAGAUACAAAAGAUGUAUCUCACAAAGCGGGAAUGGACGGCAUUUAAUGAAAAGCAACAGAUGAAGUUUGAUAAGAAAUUUGCCAAACAUGUUAAGAAGUGUAAUUUGAAAAUUGAGAAUAAUGUUGUUAGGGUAGAAUAAGAAUGGGAUGCGAAGCUAAAUAGUUUUUAGGUCAAAUAAAUGUUUAAAAUAUAUAAGA